AUGAUAGGAGCACAAAGUAACAGAGUGGGGUUAGGAUCAAAUAGGAAAGUCCAAGAUGCGGAUAUAUUGAAGUCUUUUAUUCGGCAAGACGAGAAUGAUAAAUAUAAGAUCCAUGUAAUGAAUUUAGAAAUGCAGAACGAGUGUUUAGACAUAGGAGAUUUUUGCAUCCCAUUAGCAUUAAAAUGGCGCACUUUAAUUCAUGACUGGUCGCCAGCAUUGCUAAAAUUCUAUCUCAAUGCGUUCCAGAUGACUCUCCCAGAUCAGAGUAAUUUAGUAAGAUGGGGUAAAAGUACCGAAAAAAAACUUGCUAUAUCUGUGGAAAGGCAGUUGGAACUGCUAAACAUCUGCUGGUGGGAUGUAAGUCUUUCGGUAGCCAGAGUGCAAAAGGAAAUUACCACAAACGAACGAUCAGUAGGUUUUGUGAGAGAAGGCACUAGGGCUACAAAAUCAAACGUCAAGCCUUACUCCAUCCUUAAAGCGGCGUCGGAUUGGACUAUAAUGAUGGACACGUAUGAAAAACAAUAUAAAAUCCCCGAGGACAUUUGUGCGUCAGCCUCCAGACCGGAUAUAUUUUUGUUUUCGCGAAUUUUAAAGCGCGUAGUGAUGAUAGAGCUUACGGUCCCUUGGGAAACCAACAUCCCCAAAGACCAUACCAUCAAGGUCAACAAAUAUUACGAGCUCACAAACGAACUCACUCGAAAUAGGUUCGUAGUAGAUUUGUACGCGGUGGAGGUGGGAGCGAGAGGUAUUACAGCGAAAUCUCUCUAUAACCUACUAAAGGACUUGAGCUUGUCCAGAACUCACAUUAAUUCAUUCUUAGAACGUACAUCGAAGGCAGCCCUAGUAGGUUCUUUUCAAAUUUGGUUAGGUAGGGAGAGGAGCUUGGACAGUGGAGGUGAGCGUAUAACGCGCGUUAGUUAA